UGCACAAGAGUGUGGCAGCUAGUCAGAACAUCACCUCUUCCGCAGAUAUCUUCUCUUAUAUAGCAAUGAACGGUGCAUUUUGUCAACAAAAGCCACGCGCACCUGUGCUGCGGAAUUGCACAGGUGUAUGUAUAAUAUUUGGUGAAAAGUAAAAUCGUUUGUAACGUGGACUUGUCAGUAGAGCGUGUGGCUUCACGCGUGUUUGUGUACUCGUGGCCAGCAGUUGCAUCAACAUUGCCUCCCUGAGAAGUGGACUUGACGGUGGUGCGUUGCACGAAGUUGAGGCAGACGCCUGAGGAGCUGCCUCCUGAGAUGUGGAGGUGUGGUGUUCCACUGCCCCGCGGCCAGGGCGGGCGUCGCUGCGUGAUGCUGGCGAUGAUGGCUGUGAUGGUGCUUUUCCUCCACCUCCUCGUCCACCGCCGCGUGGUAGAGCCCUUCACUUUUCUUCGGCUGCGGAAUGGUGUGGUCGAAGAUGUGCUUGGUCCAGAGCCUCUGCAGGUCAACCCCCGGGGCCCAGCGACCGCAACUUCACUCUCAGUCACAGCCUGGAAAGGAGACAAUGCGACCACUCAAAGCACAACGACCACAACGUCACACCCAACCAUGGUCAAGAAAGGAAACAAGGUGACCACUCAAAGUACAACGACCACAACGUCACGCCCAACCACAGUCAAGAAAGGAAACAAGGCGACCACUCAAAGCACAACGACCACAACGUCACAGCCAACCACAGUCAAGAAAGGAAACAAGGCGACCACUCAAAGCACAACGACCACAACGUCACAGCCAACCACAGUCAAGAAAGGAAACAAGGCGACCACUCAAAGCACAACGACCACAACGUCACGCCCAACCACAGUCAAGAAAGGAAGCAAGAUGACCACCCGAAGCACAACGACAUCAGCGCCACGCCCAGCCACUGUCAAUGAAAAAAUCAAGGCCACCACCGUGAAGAAGGAAAACCCCUUUAAGAAUCAGGUCAUCCUGAAUGAAUGGCCUCCAAAGGUAAAGUUUCCACUGAUGUUGUUCAACAAUCCGGGUCGCCUCGGGAAUCGACUUAACUCGUACGCUGUCGCCCUCACCUUCCACGCCGCCCACAACGCCACCGCCACCACGGCCGUCACGCGAGACUCCAUGAACCAGCUGGUGACCCUCCUGGACACUACCCGCCUCACUCUGCCCGUUGUAGAUGGAAACCUUGUAAACGAGGCGCGGAAGAAGGGGGCGCAUGUGUCGGUUGGUAUUCCCAGCUGGAAGAAGAACGACAUGAUCAGCCACCUGGAGCCGGCCUACCAGAGGGGCGAGAAGGAGUACCGAGAGACUGGCAAGCCGAAGAUGUACUCGCUCGAAGGAUACCCCAACCGCAUGUAUCUGCUGGCGGGGCACCACGACACCAUCCGCGCCGCCUUCAGGUUCAAAGAAGACUUAAAGCAGAAGAUCGCAAGGUUCCUGGAGGGGGUGCGGGAAAGGAGGGGCCGUCGGGACAUCACCUUCGUCGGCUUCCACAUUCGGAGGACGGACUACACGUAUCAUAUGGAGAGAUUCUUCAAGUGCAGUCUGCCGGGCCCUGCGUUCUACCAGUCGGCCUUGAACCAUUACCGCGCCACCCUGAGGAACCCCGUCUUCGUGGUGGCCUCAGACGACCUGUCCUACGCGCGGCAGCACCUCAACACCAGCACGGACGUUGAGUUUACAGACAUGAAGACGGCGGCAGAGGACAUGGUGUUGCUGGGGUCCUGCUCCCACUCCAUCAUGACUGUGGGUACCUUCGGGUUCUGGGCAUCGUUCUUCGCGGGCGGGCAAGUCGUGUACCCGCUGAUCACGAACUGUACCUUGAAGCCCUUCGUUCACCCCGACCACCUGGGCCCGCGAGGCUACGAGAACUGGAAGGCCUUUGAUGUUGGCGGCGGCGGGCCAGUGUAGGGCAGGGCGCGGCGUGUUGAGCUGCGUUGGGUUGGGUGUGUGGAGAGUUGGGUACCGCUAUGUUGUGUAUUGCGUUGUUUAGUGUUGCGUCAGGUUGGGAAGCGCUGAGUUCUUGUUGCCUUAUAAGUCUGUUAAAUAUUUUCUGUUCUGUUACUGUGUGUCCUUUUCUCUCUCUCUCUCUCUCUCUCUCUCUCUCUCUCUCUCUCUCUCUCUCUCUCUCUCUCUCUCUCUCUCUCUCUCUCUCUCUCUCUCUCUCUCUCUCUCUCUCUCUCAUGUUUAAUUAUUGUAACAUUUUAUUUAUGCUUCAGCGUUAUAUUGAUGCUUUGAAAUUACUGACCCAUUUUUUAUAGUGAUUUCCUAAUAGAUACAAUUUAAGCUUAAUUUCCUGUGAUAUUGCUUUUUUCUUUAAAUUUUAAUAAGCUUUACAUUAUUUUCAAGUAUUCUUUUUUUGUUGUUGUUGUUCAUGAACGGUUUUUUUUUCAUCUUUCCGUUUCCUUUCUAUAUUCCGUGUGGGGUGGGCGAGGCAACGCCCCCCCCCCCCCUCCUCUCCCCUGCAACGACACAUGCCCCAUUCAUUGACUGUUUGAUCUUUGGAGUAAGGUCGCAUUUGUUCCCUUGAUUUUAAGUAUGAAUGGUCAAAGAGUCUAGUUAGGUAACAUUCACGCAGGAGGCAGAGGCUUAUAGCUUUAUUAAAGUACAAAAACUACUGUUAACCUUAACACUUUUACGCAUGAAGAUACAAAGGUGAAGGAACAGAGUUUUGUUGAUGGGGCCAAAUGGCGUCAUCUCACAAUAACAGUAUGGAGUAUAAAUUCAUGAAGAGCUGUAGACGAUUACGCACUCAAGUAGGGGAUGGGAGCCAGUAUGAUUGUCUGUGUACUGCCAUAAUAACUAUUCAUUUUAGCAACAUCCAACAAAGAGCUUUCAGGGAUAUGUUAGUCGCGAGGCAGAGGAAAGGAAGUCUGUUUAUGUAUGUGUAAAAAAUAAACUCCAAAUGAAGGACAAAUCAUACGAACUAAACCAUAACUACAUCAUUGAUAUCAUUUAUGGAUGUGUAGAAAUGUCUUGUUGCAGCGAAGAGUAUGUUGUGGAAGACGGUAAUUUACACACACACACACACACACACACACACACACACACACACACACACACACACACACAAAGGAACAGUGAAGAAAGGUUUGGUUGCGUUGGUUUAUAUGUAAGACCAAGGGCUAUAGCACCAAUAAACCUUGCCAUCCGUAGGGCCGUUCACUUCGCCUUCGUGAAUGUAGAAGAACAACUGGACGGCUCAACAGCUGAACAAAUACCAUCCGUGAACACUCCGCUGGAAAACCUAAUGUAACCUAACCCAACGUAUUCAAACCUAAAUAUCCUCCGGUAAACUGCACAACCCAGCAGUAAGUAGCGGGCUUUUUUUUUUUUUUUUUUUACAUAUUGUUUUCUUUUUUUUUACGCCCUUGCACUGUCUCCUCUGUUGUAAAAAAAAAAAAAAAAAAAAAAAAAAAAAAGAAGGAACACCCCAAAAUUUGUCCCUUCGAAGCCUCCGUUUUCUCAGACGCUUCCACCUCUCACGACAAGUAUUUUCAAAGGCCACGAAGGAGAUUGAUCGGGUUCUCACGAGUGUUUUAACGUUCAGUGUGCAGCAGACAUCUGAACUAUCACUAGGCGCAUAAACUACCCAUGGAAAUACCCGGAACAACCUCUACGAAAGCCUUGUCAAACGUGGGUGUGGAAGCCCCGAAAUGUCGAGAAUAUAAACCUCAGUGAGAUGCAAAAAUGUAUUG